AGUUACAUCCGAAGCUUCGAACCGUUAAAAAGUAUUUUACUCUGCCAAUCAAAUCGGAAACCAGUUAACAAAAUAAUCAAAAUAUCCCUAAUUGAAAUCAUGCAAAUUAAUAUGACAAACAUCCGAGUUGGAAUCGAAAAGAUUUUCUAAAGUAAAUCACCAAAGUCUCAACAAGCAAAAACAUGGUCACCAAUACAUCAACAACGAAUAACAAUAAUCAUUCGAAUAAUAACGAUGAAUUCGAUAUCGAUCAGGAUGAUGGCUUACAGGAUUUGGGAUUACCCGUUUCGGUACAGACUUUCCUCUGGCAACAGAUUGCACCCUUCAUAAGGCCAAAGCUGGGAAAGCUGCAUGAGGCCAGUUGUAUGUUUUGUCAACAUGCACCGGGACACCAUGAAUCGAAGGGAGCAUGUAAGUCCUUUGAAAAAGUCGUUGUCCUGAAUAUACAAUUCGGUCUGUCACCUUCGCUGACCGAUGGCCUGGCUGCCAUACCACGUUGGCGUCUACUGCAGGCCGCCUUGCCACAUGUCAUGCAUUGUGUAUCGGCCUUGCUGCACAACCGGGUCAAGGACAUGCAAGCCAUAGGACAAAUUGAGACAACAUUGUUGUAUGCCAUGCAAUGGAUUUUACUCUAUGCCGCCGAGGAAUGUGCCGGUGAUGAAGGUGGUUUGGUUGGCGGCGGCGGUGGUGGCUUGGUCACCGAUGGUGAUCACAAGGGCAAGUCAAUGGAACAAUAUUUAUUUUCUGUACCCACAAUUACGCUCUUUGUCUAUCUCUUUGCCCCCAUAAUCCAUCAUUUGAAAGAAUCGGAUUUCCAAAAUUGCCGCUUGGAAAAUGGCAUAAAAUUGUGGCAAGGCAUGUGGGAUAAUCGUGCCCCAGGAGCUCCCUGCUUCACUGCUCCGGUGAAGCCAAAAGCACGCAAUUUGUUGUGUGCUCCCACACCGAAAGGAUCAACAGAUGUUUUUACCGGACGCAAACAAUCCCUAAGCGUUGAUGCCAUGUCGCCCAAGGCGGAUUCACCACAAAGUGCCGGCUCCGAUCACACUACACGGCAAGAUGAAGAGAGCUCUUGGGUGUCAUCGCCCAAGGAAUUUUUCCCCGAAACCAUACCCGAAGAAGCAUCCAGUGUUGAAGAUGAACGUGUUGUUAUUUUUCGUUUACCUUCUGCUUCCCAUUUAAUGGACAAUUCAUUUUUUACUGCCGAUGCUAGCCUGCUGACACAACAACAGCCGCAAAGUCGUCGUGGUAGCCGCCAGUCGAUACACUCAAGGGAUAAGGAUAAGCCAUCGACGAAAUUUGAAUUUGAUCAACAGGAGUUGAUGCGUGGAGCUUCGAUGAAGGAAAAACGCAGCGCCUCAAUGGAAAGGGAAACGGAAUCGGAUAAAUCGGAGAGUGUUAAUGCUGAUGUAUCCGCAGCCACCUUUUUGGAUGUGGGCGUAAUGCGUUGUCUAUUUAUAUCACACUGGCAGGAGGAGGGCAUAUUUUGGAGUUUGCAAUAUUUGUAUAAUAGAUUAAGUGAAAUUGGCGAAGAAGCUGCCAUAUCCAUAAAUCAGCCACGAAAACGAUCCAAUUCCUUGCCAAUACCACAUAUCGAAAUUUCUCUUUAUCAAGGACCGAAUAGUAAUAAUCGUGAUAGUCCCGGAAGUUCCAUAAACAAGGAUUAUAUUGAGAUACCAGAACCAUCUAUUACAGCAUGUUUGGCAGAAGAAGCAUCACCCACAGCUGAGCGACGCGGCAGUGAGAAAAAGAAACGUGUCAAAAUGUCCGAUCUGCGAGCCUUCGUCGAAACGAAAAUGUUUUCGAAAUCGGAAAAGAAUUUGGAAAAAGUAGGCCUAGAUACUGGUUCAGCCAAUGGCAAGAGACCACUGCAACAUGCAGAAUAUCAUCGCAGUUUGGAUACCGGAGAAAAGAAGCUUUCGCGUUCGGCAUCCAUGAUAUCAAGAGAGCCAGCUAGUAACUUGAUCAAAGGAAAAUCAAUGCCAAGUUUGAGCUGUCUACUCGAUAGCGGAUAUGUUGAACCACCUAAAGUUAUCAGGUCAUCACAGUCUUCGGGUCAGAGGACGACAUUUUAUCCGCGGAAUCCCAUAAUUACCGUAACGGAACAUACACCCACACCCUCACCGGAUUAUAUGAAGAGACAGGGUUCAAUUGAUUCCCAAUUGGAUGCAUUGAGCAGUGGUGGUAGCAUUGGCGGUGGUAUGGCCGGAGCCAAUGGUUAUAACGGCAGUAUGGCUGGCUUGUCCAGCAGUAAUGUGGCGGGUUCACGUUUUCGUGGUCACAUGUUACGUUCCAAUACCGAUUCUCACAUUGAUUACACCGGUGUGGACGAAUCCGAAGCACCCGGAUCGUCAUUUUAUAUUACCCGUGAUGGUGGCAUAGAUUAUGAAAUUGUUUUACUGGCCGUAUUGAAUGUCUUCAAGAGGGAUCUUACCGUAGUGUCGCUGAGAGUAUUGGAAUCUGGUCUAAAUAUUUGUGAACUUUUAUUGGAAAUGGGUGUUUUGAAAUUGGGUGAACAUGCCCAUGAAAUUUCAAUGGGAAUCAUAAGAAGAGCCCUUCAAGUUCUCGGCUGUCCAAAUGGUUGCAAUGAUGGUGUCCGUGGACCUCCCGCUGAUUUCCUUCGCAGCCAAUGCCAAAAGAUUCUCUCACGUCUUCUUCGGCAUGCCAGUCAACGAACGAAGAAGUAUCUACAGGAAAUGGUGAAAAAUUCCGGUCUCAAAGAAUUGGUGGACUUUUUCCAUGCUUUUUGUGCAUUUUGUGUGGAUCCAAGUUCAUUGUUAUCGCCGCUAACUCAUAAACGCACGAGUGCCUUUAAAAAUCUUAACACCGAUCUUGGCAAUGGUGUAUCCUCAUCAGGCGGUCAAGGUGGAUAUUCGACAAAUUUUAGUGGCGGCCUAAGCGGCGGACCAGAGGCUCAAGUUAUUGCCGCAGUUUUUAAGCCAGUGGUGACAAGAUUUGUUAAUGCUUCCAAGGAAUUGAAAUCGGUGGAAAACACCAGCUUGUAUAGCGAUGUCCGGCAGUUUAUAACCUAUGUCAAGGGGGCACAUGGCGGACCAUUCCGUUUGGUGGCCCUUAGUGGUAUUUUGGCAGUAACGCCGAGGCCACACAAGAAGGGACCUGCUUCACAAACAACAAGAGUUAUAAGACACAUACCCCAAGCCGAUGUGGCUCAAAGUGUCCAAAAUGAUGAUAACCGUUCUCAAAGACGUCUUCUGCUCAAAAAGAGAAGCACAUCCUCGGCAUGUGCUGUGAGUCUUCUAGAAACCGAACCUUGUGACGAGCACUACAAAACCAGUCAAUCCCCCUUGAGCAAUUUCCGACGGCGUACCACGGGUAUAAGACCAACCCUAACACCACGUCACAGUGAGCGACAAUUACUCUCAGACUCGACUUCAAGUUCGGAGAGAAAUUCUCUUGGUCGCUUGAGUGGUUUGGUGCGUUGGUUCAAGGGGACCCCCAAAGAAGCGUCUUCCAUCGAUUUGGAAAUUGGGUCGCUUAAUCCUGAAAUGUCCACCACAUUUGUCAGACAUCCAUCGCUGAAAAUCCAAAGAGGGCGAUCCAGCGAUGGCAUCGGCCGUUCCAUACAGAGAGCUAAGAGAAGAGUUGAACGAAGGCUAAAUCGUUUCGGUGGUAUUGUUAAGGGUAAAAAGAAACAGGGCGGCAUAGAAGAAACAGCCGAUUAUAGUAGACGAAGUUCAUCAGAUAUGUGUGAUGGGCCAAGGGAAUCCGAAGUGGUGGUGUUGAAGGAACGUAAAUUAAUACCUUUAGAACCGGUUAGGAUUGGUAUGUUGCGUUUGUCUUUUCUUUUGGAAACCUGUGCUCCCGGUUCAUUUCCCGAUCCUCAGUUGGUGGCUGCGGUCUUGGAUUUGCCCCAAGCUCCCUUGGUAACCCGGGCAACUUUUCUCUUGGAAUGUGCCCAUUUUGUCCAUUUGUGCAAUAAGGGUCAAUGGCCUACUUGGAUGAAACAAAACGUGGCAGGUUACCGCCCAUCGGGCGCCAAUAUCAAUGCCAGUCAAAUAAAACAACAAAUGGGUACCACAAGUUCGCGGCGCACACACAUAUUACAAAGAGCUGCUGGCAAAAUGUUCCACCAGUGGGCUGAGAUGUUGGGAGCUCGUUUAGAGGAGAUACUUUUCACCGAACGUCUACAGUAUGAAAAUGUCAAUGCCAGCCUUACCGACCCCGAUAAGCAGCGGGAACUUCUGCAACAAGACGAAGAGGAGGAUUUCCUUGAUGAGGCCUCAGUGAAUCCACAUGGCAAUGAUUGUCCACACGCUCUGAAAUUGAUUGCAUGCGUUCUGCUCUUUGAAAUUACCGCCUUUUUGCGGGAUAUUUAUGUUACGCUGCCGAAGACCUCGAAACUGUUGCACAAAGAUAAACCAGCUCCCUGGGAAAAGGUAUACCGUGAAGCAAAUCGUCGUUGGUCAAUGGCUUUAAGUUCUAUGGGUCAUUCGCAGACAUCGGCUCAGAGUCUACAAUCGAUUGCGGCCGGCAAUGAUGCAACUGGAGGACAAACGGAGAGGAAAAUAUCAUUUGUGCUACAUGAGCCGGAUAAUGAAUCGGAGAAUAGCAGCAACACGACAUUGACCAAAGAGGGAGAGGAAGCCCGUCGUCCUCCUGCCUCUGCCGUUAGACCAUUCCUGUUGCGACGAGGCACCGCCACCACAACGGGUGGAUCUUUUAAAAGACGUUCUUUGAAAUUAAGACGCAAUACCAAAGAUGGCAAAGAUAUGGAAACUGAUUUUAAACGCGUUGAUUCCAUUCAAGCCAAACGUAAAGUAUCAUCUCUAUCGGAUCGCAGUGAUACAUCCGAGCAGGGUAUUGCCAGUGGUGGUGAAGAUGAUCAUGGUUCACCGGGCAUCUUAAGUGAUGAUCAACAACCAGAAUCGCCCACCGAUUCGAAUGAAACUGAUGAAACAGCUAAAAAUAUGCCCUGGUUAAAGGCUGUAAUCGAUUUAAUCAGCAGCUAUAAUUUCUAUUGUCAGCACAAAGGCUAUUGUCAUCCAUAUUGUUAUAAGAGGCAUAUGCGAGCCUGCACGCGGUUGGUGAAAGCGACAAGGAGGGUUUAUGGUGAAGAAUUCGGUUUUACAUUUGAUUCGGAUCAUCCAAACUUGGAGCCCACAGUUAUUUCUUCAUCUAAAGUCCAUCAGCAGCAACGUCCUCGAUCGGCUCGUAAAGUCUCGGAACAAAGUUCGACACAGACAUCACCAUCGAAACGUAAAGACAGCCUAUCGCGUAAAGAUCGCAUCAGUGAUGAUCCGGAUUUGGAAAUGGCUGAAAAGUUGGCUAAAGCUUUUCGCCAAGAACGCGAAAAAAAAGAACAGGAAGAACCACCGAUAUUGAAAUUUAUACGUUUUCAUAUACGCAGCCUCUUUCAUUAUCCCUUUGCAACAAUGCUCAAAGGUGCAGUGAUCUUAACCGAAGAAAUGGUAAUUGAAGCAAUGCCCGCCGCAUGGGAACUGCUGUUGGAAACCAAUCAAGAUACAGCAUCGGCAUCGGCUGCAGUUUUCCUAAUGGGUUCGGUUAAGGCACAAAACUAUGCCUUUGACAUUAUGCAAAGGGCUUUGAAGAACAAGGACCCGGAUGUUAGAAUUGGGGCCAUACAAAGAUAUUUGAUUUUGUGGAAGAACCGUUUUCAUGUUUGGCCACGCAUGGAAGAAAAUGCUCACGACGUGACCUUCAAGGUACCACCAGGUGGCAUUGAAUUUACACUGCCCUCGCCAAAAAUUGGCAUUGAAAGUUUGCCAGUUGUGGAUCCGCCAUGGAUGCCGGUACAGCAAACCAAAGAUAUGGAUGUUACUUUGAAUCAGGAUCGUCAUGUGGGAUAUAAAGUUACGGCAACCAAGAGUCGUAAAAUGCAACAAACAGAAGCCAUACGUAACGCCUUGCGCCAACAACGCGACAAACAACGUGCCGAACGUCACAGUUUUUUAAUUACCACCAUACCCGUUAGCCAACAGGCUUCCCAUGAACCUGGUAUGGAACAUGAAGAUCAUGAAGGUGAAGAGGAAAUCGAUGGAACACGCAUGUCCUCACAUUUACAUCAUUCCCAUUCACUGUUUCCAUCGGUUCUGUGCUCUUCUGUUAUGCAAAUUGUUGGCUGUCUGGAUGAUGCUGCCAUCGGUUCAGAUGGCAAUGCAGUUUAUGAGGUAGCCUAUCAGGUGAUUUGGGUAUGCCUGGUUGAAGAGUCGGCCCUCUUCUUGCGCUAUGUAUUUGAACGCCUAACACGCGAUCGCCAAGAUCAAAUGUUUAAAUUAUUACGUCACUUGAUACGUUUUGUUCCACGUCUACCCCAGCAGGCUGCCUUUGCUUUGUACAACUCCAUUAUUGGUUAUAUUAUGUUCUAUGUUCGAUCAUCCAAUGACCUUAAACAGGAGCUUGUCGGCUCGGCGUUAUCCAUUUUAUGGAUGGUUGUCCACAGUGUUCACGGCAUUAUGUUCAAGGACUUGAAACAGAUUCUCCGUAAGGAACAAUGUGAUGCAUCGAUUCUCUUAACUGCCAAUGUGCCGGCUGCUAAGAAAAUCGUUGUCCAUGGCCCAACGGAUGAUGAUUGCAAUAUACCCUCCCAGUUUCCCGUGCAGGAAGAUACGCUUUUCUGUCAAUUGCUAAAAGAAGCUUUGGACUAUUAUCCAGUGGAUGAGAAGAACGUAGAUAAUUAUUGUUUGGUGGACUAUAAGAGCAAUAAAAUACUAAAUCCAAAUUGGUAUAUACGUGACUUGUACUUCUUUAAACGAUCACAGUAUCCUGAGGUUCGUUUAGUCCUGCUCAAACCGGACGAAUCAUUUUUGGCCUUACAAAAACAAGAGUUGACCAAGAAAUUUGUCGAAAUUGGCAAAGUGCAUCUAACUUGGGCCAUUCUAAAGAAUGUCGAUAUGGUUGUUCAGCGUGUCGUCUUCUUACACGAAGAACUCAUGAAGUUGCCAUCAUUUCCACGUAAAGCUUUGGAAGUGGAUUUGGAUUUACAUCAAAGUGGUGAAUAUGGCAAAGUGCUGUUGGGUUUAGAUGUCCUGCAUAAAUUUAUGUGGGUGCGUCUAAUUGCGCGAAUGUUUGAAGCCAUGGCUGGCAAUUUUGCGUAUUCAGCCGAUAUUCAAUUAUUUUUGAAUGUGUUGUCGGGAGCGGCUUUCUUGCAUGCGGAGGAUUCCUGCAUUAUGCGUUAUGUUAUGGCUACCUACAUCAACGCUGCCUUUAACUUCAAGAAUAUUUUCUCGACAAAUGGGUAUUUUAUGAUAAUGCCGACACUGCUACAAAUUUAUUCUCUGCAUCAGACAAAUAAACUUAUUACUACAACCAUUGAAUAUGCGGUGAAACAGUUCUAUUUAUUGAAUCGCAAACCAUUUAUUUUGCAAAUGUUUGGUUCGGUAUCAGCUAUUUUGGAUACCGACGAGGAUGGCCCCAAUGGUUAUGCCCAUAAGGUCCAAUCCAGUUGCCUCUUCAACUUAUUGCUGAGUUUGGAAGAUCCUUCGCCAGAUCCCUUGAAUAUUGCUGAAUUGGUUAAGGAACCAAAACCCUUAAAGGCCAUUGAUUUUUGUUAUCACGAUGAAGAUGGCGAUGUUACUGUUUUGGAUUGCAUUACUCUAUGUGUAAUGGUGGUUUCCUAUUCGGCAGAGAGCACGAGAGGCUAUCAAAUGUUGAUAAUUUUGGAAGCCAUUUUACCCUGCUAUCUCCAACAAAUCCAAUCGCCCAGCUACAUCCCUUUACAAGGAAAGUCAGAACGUGAUAUUAUUUUACAGCUGGCAGUGGCCAUACGCACUAUGGUCCACAACUGUGAAGGUUUAGCAAAAAGCUACAAUGGGCCUUAUCGCAACAGUCCCGAUCACAAGGGUUCAUCGCAACGCAACUACAGUCGGGGACCACCCUAUUCCCCUGGACUAGACUUUGAAGAAGAAUCUCAUUCGAAAUACAUCAAUGAUCCACGUACGAAAAAUACAUUCGAUUGCGGGGAGGAUUCAAAAAAGAUUAGGAACGAAUAUCGCAGACCCAGAGAUGUUUUACUUUCGGUGGUGGGAGAUUUUCUAAGCAAAGCCACAACACGCCUGCAAGAACUCUCCAAGAAAAUGCCCAAAGACGAUAAUAAAUCGACCGAAGUUUUAGAUGCCAAAUGUCACAUACGGUUGGCCGACAUUGCUCAUUCUUUGCUCAAAGUAUCUCCCUAUGAUCCCGAAUCAAUGGCCUGUCGGGGUUUGCAACGUUAUAUGCAGGCUGUAUUGCCUCGAGCUGAAUGGUCUAAUGAUACACUGCGCAAUGCUUUAGUUACCAUCUUGAGACGUGUCGAUAAAGUGUUUUUGAAAAUCUCUAAGAAACCUUCCAUAAGACGUAGCACGGAUUGGGAUGCAGCCGCAGGUCUACUCAAAGGUAUUCACGAAACCAUUGUGCGCCAUCCCUAUGUCUUGCAUUGGCAACAAAUGAAAACCUUAAUAAGCACCGUACAAAAUCUCAUUGUUAAUGAACCCGGUUCCUCGGUUCCGGAAGGUAUAUCAAGCGCCGGGGCUGCCCUUAUGUCUCAGAAUCCCCCGGCCUCCAUCUGUUCGACGGUAGUGCGUUUGGUGGCUCUCCAGGUGGUAAGUCCUGUCGAUUGUUUUUCUCUUGUGCAAAUAUGUGGCGGUAGUGCAGAAUUUGCCACCCAGGAGAAGGCCGAAGGAUAUCUAAUGCAUUUAAUAAUGCCUCUGUGCUUGAAAGUCUGUUCCGGAAGCGGGGUUUCCGAUGUGGGUGAGCUAAAAAUGACCGAUGUUAGUUAUUUGUUAACUGCCGUGCUCAAUGCCAUGAGUCCACCAGCGGGACGCACCGGUCAAGCGGUUUCACAAAUCAAUCGAGUUGGGGGUGACUUGAGAACGGGAUCUUUAACAUUUACUGGCAGUCGGGAUGCCAAAAGACCGGCAAGAAUUGCAGGUUCUUUGUACCAGGCAGCAUUUUUGGCCCUGAGAAUUGUAUGUAUAUGCUUUGAGAGUCGUUUGUCCACCGAAUGGCCAAGAAUUGUGAGAGUAAUGCGGGAUUUGGGGCGAAGAAAUGAAGCUGCACCGGACCUGUGGAGUUUCUUGUUAUUUGUUGUGACUCACAGGACACCACUUUACAUAGUUUUGUUGCCCUUUAUUUUGCACAAGAUCUCCCAGCCGCCAAUUGGAGACCAUGAACGACACAUGCAGUUUAUUAUCCGUGAAAGAUUAAGAGGAACUCCUCCUCAAGGUGGCAUAAAAUCCAAGGGAGCCUUACUCUUAGAACUGGCCCGAGACAUGAGGGAGCUAAGAAAGGAAUUGGAAGAAAAUCGUGACAAUCGUGAGAGUUCCGACCAAAAGAAGAGCGAUACCCCGGCAGCCACAAGCGGUACAGAUGCACAUAAUAAAUCCCAACAACGACCUUCUUUAAUUUCAAUUUUCACUGGUACCACUACAGGGCAAGCAACUCACUCACAUGUUUCGGCUGCACCUAUUGAUUCUCGCAGCGGUUCAGGUGGCAUCUGUACACCCAGUGAUACACUGUCCCAACAAACGCUACAUCCCCCCCGAGAAUCACUUUCUAGCAGUUCAACGGGCAAAGAUCAUCACACGACCAGCGAAAGUCACAGUGGUGGUGACCAAGCAAUUGGUUCAGCUCCUACUCUUAUUGGUGCUGGUGGUGCAUCCGGUUCGGGAGCUGCUUCUAGUCAAGGCACCAGUUCCGCCACAAUUGCCACAGCUCUUCCAUCUGGGGUAACAUCGCAAUUAUCUCACUCACAAAGUCUACAACAGGCACCGUUCAAGGCCCAACCACCGAAACUGCGUUUUGUGUCAUCCGUUGAAUUUAGACAUUCCUCGGGCGAAACAUCCACCACACCACUGUCGCCAGAAAGUCCAGCCGAAGAUAGUUCAGGUGAUCAUACACGAUCACGGCUGCAAAGAACUAAAGCAGCCAGUCGUAAAACAUUCCGCUUGAAACGUAGUCGUUUAACACCCAUGGAACCGCCUAGUAUUGUUACUGCUUUGUCCCAGGAAGAACAUCCCAAACCGAUAGGAGAAAUAUCUUGGGAUUCUGUAUCACAGACAUCUUCCACGUCCGGUUAUCGUGAUACGAAUAGUUUACAAACCGGUUUGCUCUCACCCGAUGGAUCUUUGGGUGGUUUGACAUUGGGACGCUCGCCUUCUCAGCAUUCUCUUUUAAUGGUAUAUGAAGGUCAAGAUGAGGAUACACUCAUAUAACAAUCACAGAUUGAUGGUGCUGAUGUAACCGAAGGACGGCGUCAUGUCUAGACUUGUUUUUGUUAGUUUAGUACAGUUGUUUAUUGAGAGCAAGUUUAGCUGGGUUUUGUAUUUAACAAUGGAAUGUAACGAGUGUUCUUAGGACAUCCAUUAACCAAGUUUUUUGCACAACGGACAAAAAGAAAAUAUAAAAGUCUCUUACUUUUAAAUGUCUUUCCAUAUUGCUAUUACUUUUAUGUAAUAAAUAAUGGCUAUUACUUUUUAGAUAUGAAUAAUGGCAGAACGUACUUUGUCCUUUAGUAACGGAAGGCAAAACUUCCAAACAGUCAAAAACAACGUAUUGGCAUUUAAUGUUACAAAAUAUCUUUUUACUACAAACCGUAUUUUCUACUAUACAAAAUAUAUUUAUAUAUGUAUGUUGUUUAUUGAAAUACAUAUGUGGCCAAAAAAAAUAAAGGAAAAAUCGAAAUGUGUCAAAUUAA